UGAAAACUCCCAGCAUCCAAAGUGACUUAUCCUGAUGUGCAGGAGGUUGAAAUGCUGCUGAUGUUGGUGUCCCUGCUCGGCUGUGUCCCUGCAGCCAAGGCCUGUCUGCAGUGUGACCGCAAGAUCAGGCUCCUACAUGAGGACUUAAUCCUGUCUGCUCCCAGUGUGAAAGACCAGAUUGAAAUCAAAAAGAUUCGUGACCAUGCCUAUGUGACCUACAGGGAGACCAGCCAGAAACGAAAGGGAGUCAUUGAUCCCACCACUCUGUACAGAGCCAAAACUGAGUACCAGAGUGAAUUUGAUCGCUUCUUGAAAACCCAGCGUACUGGAUCUGCAACAUUUAAAGCCAUUCAGAUCAUGGAGAAGGGCAGGAAGAUCUUAGAGAAACACUUGGACACAUUCAUCCAUGACGGAUUGUGCCCUAACAAGUGUGAGCACCCAGUGCCAGCUGAGGAGGGGGGCCAGGCAGUAUUGAACUGUUUCCUCCCAUGGCAUCCCCUUCUGUGGGGAAGACCAGAAUAACCCUACUCCUGCCCUGGUGUGCCAGGAACUAAAAAGAUGAAUGAAAGUGACUUCAAAGUCUUGGUAGUGACAGACGAUUCAUCUGUGGUCUUAAAUCAGCUGCAUGUGGAUGAACAGGGAACGUAUCGCUGCUCUCUGCAGGGCCGAAAUAGGAACCAUUUCUACCGAGUCACUUUCCUACUCACUGUUGCCCCUUUGCCUGACCAAACUCACCGACCCAUAAUCACUCUGCCGCCCCUGCCCGAUGGAGACAACUACUCACCUUUUCAACCCACCGAGGGCCUGCUGGUGCCAGUGAUCGCCAUGGUAACUGCUUUGAGUCUGGCAGCGAGCGUAGGCCUCACAGUUGUCCUGGGACUGAUGAUAAUUCAGAGGAGAGCCGCGAAGAAGCCGAGAAGAAGGAAAGAGGAAAAAACCACACAAAACAUGGUGUGAUGAAGAUACUGUGUACAGUAAAUAGACACAGGGAAGUUUUACAUUGCUCUCAGUAGCUGAAUAAAUUUUCCCAGCACAAAGUGCCAAGUCAUGCCUAGGAAUAAA